AUGCACCACCAACUGCCCCCGCUUCCCGUGCACCAUCAACUGCACCGCUCUCCUGCGCACGCACCGCUGCUGCAGUCACUGGCAGCACGGAAUCAGAAGUUUCCUCUGGAAAGGAUUCUAUUGCAGACGAUCUUAGAGGCGGAGAUAGAGGUGCAGGCGGAGCAGGUACAACCAGCGCUUCCCCCGUCGCUCUCUCCUCUUCCCCCCUCCCCUCUCCCCCCGUCUCCCCCUGGGUUCCCCAGAGCAGUCUGCACGCGGAGCAGGCGGUCAGGGGAGCAGAGCACGAGCACAGAGGAGCGGGAGGCGGAGGGGGAGGAGAGGGCCGGGCCGGGGGGCGAGUGGUAUACAAUACGAGCCCCCAAAGGCGGAGGGGAUGCAGUGGGUGGGAAGGUUGCAGGGAAAGCUGUUGCCUGGCUGCUACUGAUGCCUCCAUGUGUUGAGGAUGCGGCCUGA